AUGUCUGUCUUCGAACGAAAGCGUGCAACGUCCCGUCCCAACUCACAUAACGAUGGCUCUCCCUCCCCUAGUACCGUGGUGUACACCCCCUUGGACGUCGACCGUCAGGUCAGCGCAUUGCUCAACAAACUCACGAUGGCGCGCUUCGACUCGAUCUCAGACCAGAUCAUUGCAUGGGGGAACAAGUCGGAGAAUGAGCAGGACGCUAGGACGAUCAUCCAGGUCAUCCGGCUUGUGUUUGAGAAAGCGACAGACGAGACACCAUGGCCGGAGCUUUGCGCGGGCUUGUGCCGCAAGAUGAUGGAGCAGAUCAGCCCCAACGUCCGCGACGACGGCAUCAAGAACGCCGACGGCAAGCCCAUCGCAGGUGGCCAGCUCUUCCGCAAGUACCUUCUCAACCGCUGUCAGGAGGACUUCGAGCGCGGAUGGGUUGCAAAGGAGGCCCCGGCCGCUGCGGUAGCGACGAAGGCCACCGAGGACCAGGCCGCGAAGGCGGCUGCCGAUGGCAAAGAGGACGAGGAGAGCGCCUUGUACUCGGAGGAGUACUACGCUGCGCAGAAGGCGAAGCGGCAGGGUCUCGGUCUCAUCAAGUUCAUCGGCGAGCUCUUCAAGCUGCAGAUGCUCACGGAGCGCAUCAUGCACCAGUGUGUGAAGAAGCUGCUGGGCAGCGUCGAGAAUCCCGUGGAGGUGGAGAUCGAGCGUCUGUGCAAGCUCCUGACGACGGUCGGCCAGAUCCUCGAUACCCCCAAGGCCCGCGCCCACAUGGACGUGUACUUCUCGCGCAUGAAGGAGCUCUGCAAGAACCCGAACGUCAGCGCGCAGAUGCAGUCCAUGCUGCAGGAAGUCAUCGAGUUACGGGAGCGGAAAUGGGUACCGUCGGCGUCCCCCUACCGGAGUCUGGCAGCCUCGCGUGACCCUGCCAUCGCCACGCUCUAUGAACAGGGGAGUUCGCAUUGCUGGAGUUCUAUGCACUUGUGCUAA